GUUACCAGAAGUAGGCGGACGGACUAAGUUGGUUUGCUGUUUACGAUUCUAUUUAGCAAUCCGUUGUUUAACGAUAGCGAUUGUUGUUUUAAAAAUAAAAUACAUCUCAAGAAAACCACACUAUGGAAAUUAUCAAAGGUAGUUUAGAUGACAUUUCUCGCCCCGCAUCGAGCGAUCAAACCAGCAGCCGUGCGUCGAGCGUGGCUUUGCCACACGGCGACAGGACGGGUCGUGUUACUCCUUUUUCCCUUGUUGUGUUGACCAAAGAUGACGCUGAUAUCGAGAGCCGCUCUGAAGGAACUACGACCAACUCCUCGGCCAGAAUCCAGGAUGCCGUUGAAGUUACCGAUGAUGAGAACGAAGACCCCAGACUACGGAGAGCGAUGGAGGAGAUGAGACGACUGGAUGAAAUCCUGUCUGCAAAGAUCUGCACGGAAAAGCAAGUCAAGCGUCUAAGGAAAGAACUCCAAGCACAACUUUGGCAGGAGUUCCUGCGGAAUAAACCUGAAGGUCACACCGAGUGUGCACAAGAAGCAAUGAACACAAGGUUGUUCUGGGCUCUGGAAGCACCCACUGCGAUCGAAGAUGAGGAUGACUUUGUGCCCCUGUUUGAAACUCAAGUUCCUGACAGCGAGCACAUCAGACACGGACAAUACAACAAAAAACACAGUGAAAAGAAAUCGGACGGCUGGACCGGGUCGUCUGAACGAAGCUGCGAGGAUGCUGCGGAAGAAGGCGGCCUCCGUGGAGCCCCCCCAAAACAGAGAGACUUUGUCAAGAGAAACAUUGAGCUGGUAAUUGGCGAAGGGGACGCGGUGCUUUUGACUCGUGGAGAGAAAGAGCAUCUGGCCGAGCUGUUGGAAGGAGUCGACGAAGGGGAAGAGGACGGUGCCAGAGGCGCAGACAGCCAGGAGGACGUCUGGGCCGUGUCAGUGCGGACGGGCCAGGGCUACACCCCGGAGCCGUCGGACCUGCAGCAGCUGACUGACAUUGACUCCAAAAUCCGGCUUCUCCUUCCCGCCGAGGAGCCUCCCUCUGCGCCGGGCUCGUGUGCAGACCUUAGCGCGUGCCAGGGCCGCGGCUCGGAGGCCGGCUGGAAGCCUCGUGGGGACCUGCAGCCAGGCGAGAAGGUCCUGCAGGAUAUAAAGGAGAGGAGAGGGCAGGAGAGGCGGCUCCAAGAGAUCCAACAGCAGCUGGAGAUGCUGAACCAGGGCCAGGAGAUGACUGACGGCUCGGCAGACCUGACGGAGGAGCAGUUACUUGCUCUGCUGGGUGAAUGCGAGCUGACGGAGGGCCGGACCCCGGGAUCUCGAGACAAAUGACACGACACCAUGAGGAGCCUCCCCCCCCACCUGACGCGCCGCUAUCAGAGCGCCUAUCAGGAGGCAUCGAUGAUGGGAUGUCCCCAUCAGGCCAGCGGGGUUGAGGGAGAAAAACUACUGAUGUAAACCUAGUGAAUGACUGAAUGAAUAUAUCUAACCCUAUCAAAAGCUUUUCUUUUUCUCCAGACAUAACUAUCUAAAGUGUCAGUUAUAAAAAAAAAAACUGUCCCAGAAUAUUGUAGUAAAAGUAAAAGUACUGUUGCUUUGAAUCCAUUUUCUCUUAUCUUCCUCCUAUCUGUUCCUAUCUUAACAUUUAUGACAAAUUGUGCUUUUGCAGAAACACCCGCAGCUUUUUCCUGCUGAUUGUUUCCUUCAAUCUCACUCUCACACAAUUCACCAGGACUCUGCUUUGUUACUGCAAUGAGAAUAUGUUGUAGUUUGUUGGAUUCCUUGUUUCCAAUAUGCAGCAGGAUGGCGUCCCAUUGUUUUUAUUUGUGUUUAUGUCCUUGCAGCAGAGCAGGCUUUGUAACAACCUGAGUCUCAUAGAUGAGAACAGAAAAUUACAGCUAUUAAAUCUAAUAACGGGGUUCGGUGGCCGCAGAAUGUUCUAAAGCUCACAUGCAAACUCAAAAUAUUGGUCCGGGAAGUGAAAUCCGAACACUGCAUUUUUGUUUUACUUUUAUUAAAACCGGAGAAGU